GCCGCGCCGCGCUGCCGCCCGCCUGUCCCGCCGCGCCGCUGCCGCCCGCCGCGCCGGAGGCGAGCCGCCAUGACGGGCAGUAAUAUGUCUGAUGCUCUUGCAAAUGCAGUAUGUGAACGCUGCCAGGCUCGGUUUGAUCCUGCAGAGAGGAUUGUGAACAGCAAUGGGGAGCUCUAUCACGAAAACUGCUUCGUCUGUGCUCAGUGUUUUCGUCAGUUCCCAGAUGGACUCUUUUAUGAGUUUGAAGGUCGGAAAUACUGUGAGCAUGACUUUCAGAUGCUGUUUGCCCCUUGCUGUGGGGAAUGUGGUGAGUUCAUCAUUGGGCGUGUUAUCAAGGCAAUGAAUAAUAACUGGCACCCAGAAUGUUUCCGGUGUGAGCUCUGUGAUGUGGCCCUUGCUGACCUGGGUUUUGUGAAGAAUGCAGGCAGGCAUCUGUGCAGACCAUGCCAUAACCGUGAAAAAGCUAAGGGACUGGGAAAGUACAUCUGUCAGAAGUGUCACCUGAUAAUUGAUGAGCAACCUCUGAUGUUCAGGAAUGAUUCCUACCAUCCCGAUCACUUUAACUGCACCCACUGUGGGAAGGAGCUGACAGCUGAGGCCCGGGAACUGAAGGGAGAACUGUAUUGCCUACCUUGCCAUGACAAGAUGGGAAUCCCCAUCUGUGGAGCGUGCCGCAGGCCCAUUGAGGGACGAGUGGUCAAUGCUCUGGGAAAACAGUGGCAUGUUGAGCAUUUUGUUUGUGCCAAAUGCGAGAAGCCGUUCUUGGGGCACCGACACUAUGAGAAAAAAGGACUGGCUUAUUGUGAAACUCACUAUAACCAGCUCUUUGGAGAUGUCUGCUACAACUGCAGCCACGUGAUCGAGGGAGAUGUGGUAUCAGCUCUUAACAAGGCCUGGUGUGUGAAUUGCUUCUCCUGCUCCACCUGCAACAUCAAGCUUACACUGAAGAAUAAGUUUGUGGAAUUUGACAUGAAGCCGGUAUGCAAGAAAUGCUAUGAAAAAUUCCCUCUGGAGCUGAAGAAGCGUCUGAAGAAGUUGUCUGAGCUGGCAUCCAAGAAAUCACAUCCCAAAGCUUUGGAUUUAAACUCUGCUUAAACAGGUCUGUCAAUCUGCUGACUGCACUCUUACAGUCAUGAAUUGCUACUCGCAGCAACUCUUGACCACAGAGGGAAUUGUUAAGAAAAAAUGAACCAAAGACAAGUAGUACCUUCCCCUGCUUCUGCUAAUGUAGCUUGAAUCUUGACUAUCCCUUUUCUCAAGCAACUGUCUAUUAACACUGUCAGGAAGAAAAAUCUGAUUUCUUCUUCAGCAGUUCACAGGCUGGUUGUUAAUUUGUUAAUAACAACUUAUUCUGCCUUUGAAUUGUAUGCAAUUUUUUCUUCCUCAGUUGAACCAUAGUUCUCUCUCCAUUCCUCUUACAGUCUAAGGAACUUGGAAACAAUGAUUAGGUGUAGGGGUGGAGGAAAUGUAUGGUUAGCUCUUUUUUGGUUAAAGUACAGAAGUUUCUCCUUUAGUCGUGCAUGAAGAAGUUUUAUUUUUUAAAUCUGUAGGCAAAUACUCUGAAAACUGCCACACUUUGCUACAUACAGAAUGUACUGGUCUUUGCCCAGAUUCCUAUUGAGCAUGCACUGACACUAUACAGUCCUACUGGUUAGCAGGUUUACUGGAUGAACCCAGAGGCCAACGAUUAUGGCCUCUGCACUGUCUACUUAUCUAGCUCCAGACCAGUGUUGAGGUAGGACAGCUGAAGAACUUUGCUGCUUCCCUAUUCAGCAGUAAGAGGAUUUCAAUCUCCAUGGCCAUGUCAGCCUCUUCAGAAUUGUUGGACUUUCCUUAAGCAGGAGGUGGUUAUGGGAAAGGACAAAUUUUGUUAGGAACUAACUCUAUAAUUUUCUCAAUCUGUUCUCUACCCCACCAUGGGCACUAGAACUUUGAGUGGACAGCACAAUGUGUGUCCUACCCAGUGGCACAGCUGGCACUUCUUGAUGUAGUGUAGCUGGAGCUCUGAUUGUUCUUUUGCAUAGUGAAAUCCAGUUGAUAAUACAGUACUAAUUUAAGCAGUUCAAUUUCACAUUCAGUCCUUUCCACUUUAUUUGAAAGGUGAGUAUGCCUUCUGAAGUCACUCUCGAGAAAGCCCAAUGAUGUGAAGGUGUUUCUAAUAUUUACAGUUUUUAACAAAUGCAGUCUCAUGCAGAAAAAGCAGAAUUUUUUUUCCUAAAACUUUAACCCAAAUAAGAGUUCCCAUCUUUCUUCUUAAGAUCUGAGUGUACUUAAAGGGAAGACCUCAGACAUGAACCCGUAAAUUUUAAGAAUACGUUUUUGCCUAAAAGUUUCCUUCUGCUCUGUAGUUUUGCCUAUCACUGGUACAGUUUCACUGCUUCUACUCUCUCUGCUAGUAUAACCCCCAGGUGAUGAGAAAUUUAUUAGUUUUAAACAUUCUCAGUACUUCUUUAGUUGUGAGCCAUCAGCAGAGCUGUUCCUAGGUCCACCCGUUUUGUAUAAUCAUGGUGAGCUUCUGAGACUUAUGGAGGCAUUUCGCAUGGUUUCUUGUGCUGAACUAAUCAGAGCAGCCUGAAAAUCUGUUUCCCUGAACAGCAGGAGAAUGUGCUAGCCCUUUUUACAUGGUGGACAGGAUUGGAAGGCACUGGAGUACUUCUAGCCCUUGCAUGAUUUCUAUCUCCUAUAAAGUGGAUAGUUUACUAAGUCAAAUGAACACAGCAGUUGGGCUUUACUCUGCAGCCCCAGGUGAGUUAGCCAGCAAGAUGUUAAAGCUUCCUCACUUUUUCUGUAUGUGAGCAGCAACUGAAUUGGUCAAAAUCUGAAUAAAUCUUAAAAUUUUCCUCACUGUGAUCACACUCUGCCCAGAUCAGGUCUAAACAAGGUAAUAGCUAAAGUACAGAUAUCUACUAGCAUGCUUGCUGUAGCUGCUACCCAUGAAACUGCACCAGUGAUGUCACAGCAGUGGUGGGAAAUUCUGGUUAACUAUGUGCAGAUGAGAAUUCCAAAUGCAAGAACAUAUCUUAGAUACUGGCUAUCAUAAUUCAGAUUUCCUUCAGCUACCUUGCUUUUUGCUGUCAUAAGUUAUCAUAAGCAUUUAACUGAGAUAUUCAGCAUCCACUAUAACAUUUGGGAGGGGAGAUGGGCUUUAAUCAAAGGUAGAACUCUUCCUUCCUCUUGUGACCAAUCUGCACUGUAGAUUACACCAAUAUUAGCUUUUCUUGUCACUGCUUUAGGAGAGCAUAUGGCUAGUUCCUGUUCUUUUGCUAGCCUUUAAAUGGUCUUUCAGACAAAGGCACAUAGAGCAGCAUGGCUUUUAGUGCAGUAGCGUGUGGUCACUACAAGAACCAGUCUUGUAAGCCUAUUCUUUGGCACUUGGUUUGUAGAAGAAAGCACAAAAACUACUGACCAAGACACAGUUCAUUAUAUUGUAUAGAUUCUUCUCUGCGUAAAGCAUGCAGCUCUGUUCCUAUAAUCUUAGUUACAGGCCAAGCCUAAUGCCAAAUCUGAGCAGCUGUAUAUCUUCAGCUUUCUGGAAGGAUGGUGGAGGAACACACAGCAGUAUUACCCACUUACAAGUAUGGAAAGACUGUGCAGCUACAGACAAUAGUAUUCUUUCAGAGGCCACUCUCAAGCUCAGCAAUGAAAAAUGCAUGUAUGUAGAGCUGAAUGCAAUUAUUUUUAUAUUGCAGAUAGAGACUUAAUAUGAGUUGGAAAUUGAGUAGACCUAGCCUCUGUGUUCAAAGGAUAGUUGAUACCAUUCUCUUUGACAGACUGCUCAGUUCUGUAGGAUUUGGAUUCUGUCCUUAUCUUCAGAGUAUUUCCCAAGACUAGUGAUGUUAAAAAUCCUUUUAAUAGCUGGAUAGUGAUGUUGCCUUAAUGUUUCCUUAAUUAUUAAUUAAUUUUUGCAGUUAUUUUUAUUACACUUUGCUGCUCAUAGCAUGCAGUGCGCAGAGUAACAGUACUGCAUAUUAUUGAUGUUCAUUUUGUGAGACAGAGGAAUCGAGCAAAUAGGAGAAAAACUUAUAAAAAGUUUGAAAAAUAUGCAUCUUUGAGUCUACAUUUUUUUAAAAGUAAGUAGAAGGUACUGCAGACUUACAAAUUCUCCUUAGUGUGCUGAUAGGCUAACAGUAUUGUUGUAAAGUCAAGAUCUCUGUCAGAAAUGUAAGCUUAAAGGUGUGUGCUUUUUUUUUUUUUUUUUUUUUUUUGCCUUUUUUUUUCCAUUGCUGUAAACAGACACGGGCCAAAUUCAUCCUAGAUAUCACACCACUGAAGAGCAUAGAUUUACAUCAAGGUUGAACUCGGCUCAGAAGUCUUUCCUUACUAAAAGCUGCUGUCUCAUUACAUAGUUUUAUAGUUUACAUUUAUAUUUAUACAUACUGAAUUAAAAUCACUAAUAUUCACUGAGUACACUUGAAAACAGUGAUGCUUUUAUAAAUCACAGUAUGUGAAGCUUACUUGUAUUCAAAUGGUAUGUUAAUUACUCAUUACCUUUCUUUAUGGCAAGCUAAUCUGCUCUCUAGGGCUUGAGUGCUGGUCUUCAUUUUUACAAUCUAUGCAAUGUAGGCAAAUAUUGUUCAAUCUUCUGUAUAGAUUUUCUAAAGUAAUGUGUUUUGUGUUGGAUUAUGUAGACUUCUGUGACUGACCCUUAUAAUCAGUGGUUGGAUAGUAGUGGAACUGAUUGCAGAGAAACAUGAAACAAAUGCAGUUUUACUAGUCUGUAAAGCACUAUUAAGUGCUGAGGAUGCUACAGACUGAGUAAAGGAUUCAGCAGCUACUUCUCUGGGUUUAGGCCCUGAUGAGCAGGGCUGGAUUCUGCACAGGAUGAAGCUGUCAUUUUAUUACACUUUGCUUGUGCUCUCUAACCAAAACGUGACUGUGGAUUAAAAUAUUGUAAUACUGUACUUGUUCAUAUUCUUGUAAUAAACUUAACUUUACUACAUUUUAAA